AAAAGCGCUGGAAUUGUGAAAUUGUUUAUCGUUGUUCUUUCACUGGCAUUUGUGUUGAAUUUAAUGAAAUAUAACUGUUGAAUAUUGUGUGGAAGUAAUAAAUAGCGAUUUGUUGAUUAUUAUAAUAUGCCAGUUUUAAUAAAAACUAGAACAUCUGGAGGCUUAAAGGAAUGGGCCAUUCUCGAAUUACAAGGAGAUCUAGAGGUACGAUCCAAUGAAGAUAUGAAUGAUCAAUUUGUGGGAGAUCUUUAUUACAACAAAUACGGUCAACCAAUUUUAAUUAUUGGCCAUCACAUAUUACAAGGCAGAGAACAAAAACUCGAAAAACCGUUUGCUGUAUUGGAAAAGUCCAAAACCAAUGAAGGUCAACAUUUAAUGGAUCAAACUGUUGGCAAUUUAAAUGCCAGCAUUAUGAACAACACUGUAGAUCGUACCCUGCUCGAUAACACAGUGGCGCUGGAAAAUAAAACAAGACAAAAAAGUGAAUACACUGUGCAGGCCGUUAUAACCAAGAAGUUGAUAUUCAAAUCUAGACCAAAACCCAUUAUAGCAAAUGUUGCAAAAAGUGUAUAAUAAAUUUCGUAGUUUUAUUCAAUAUUUUUAAGCUAAUUUCAAGAUACAAUAAAAUAUGAGAUAAAAAUUA